CGACAACCCACCCAGCCAGCUAUACCCCCCCUUCGACCCUGCAUGAGCAUCUGGGCUAGAAACCAGCAACUGUCACCGUUCACUUAACCCACUAGUGAACACACAAUGAGCACGGCAACCACCGACUACGACUAAAUUCCCGCCCACCGCUAACACCCGAAUCACAACAAAAGCGGGACAUAUCAACAACGCCGACUCGCACCAUCCAUCCUAUCCCACCCUCAUUGCCCGGGAUAAUAAUCAUAAUUAGCAACCGCACAUCAUGGCUCGCGCAGCUAUCAUCCCACAAUCCCCACCUAAGCGGACGACGCGCACCCGAACCAAAGGAUCCACAACAUCAACAUCUACGAAACCCGCGCCGAAGACCACGAAAGCCAAAGCACCGAGUUCUGCAACUGAAGCAAGGAAAAAAGGAGCGCGGGUUACAUCAUCAUCAGCGGCGACAAGCAGACCCGUGGAUGAGAAUGAGUCGGAUGAGUCGACGGAUGAUGAGAUUGGGAUGGUGGAUGAGAAGGAAAAGAUGAAGAUAAUUACCACGACAACGACGACGGGGAAAUCCAGAGGGAGAACCGCGACGAAAGCUGCGACGAGCACGACAGGACGGGGUAGGAAGCCUACGGUCGCGACGAAGGUCGAUUCCGAGAGUGAUAAUGAUGAUGAGCUGGCUCAGUCGGACGUGCCGAAGAAGCGCGCGGGGAGACCGAGGGUGAAGCCGGUAUCGACGCCUGCGAAGACCGAGGCUGCUCCCAAGGCGAGAGGAAGGCCGAAGGGGUCGGCGGCGACGAAGGCGGCGAAGCCGGUUGAUCCGGUGAAGGAGAAUACGAGGUUGAAUGCGAAGGGGUUUACGGAUUUGGAUUUCUCGUCGUCGCAGGAUGCGCCGAGGCGGGUUUAUAUUGCUACGGGCUCGACGACUUCGACGGCCAGGUCGAAUCUGCUGCGUGGACCGGCGAAGAAAAAGAAGGUUACGUUUCAGGAUCCGACGGACUCGGCUGAGGAGGAACUGAGCGAACCGUCGCCUCCGGUUGCUGGACGGAGACGGGGAACGGUUGGGCCGGGACGGCAGGCAGGCCUUGCGUCCAAGCCGGUGCGCAAGCCUGCUGCGACGAGAGGCCGUAAGCCCGCGGCGAAGAAGGAUGGUCCGAAGCCGCUUUCGCCGAAGAAGGCUACUCAGGUCGCCAAGGCGUUGUCUUCGUACGCCAACUCGGAUAGCGAGGAGGACGAGUUGAACGGCGACAAGGAUCAGAUCAAGUUUGUUGUCGACUCACCUCAGAAACACGGAUCAGAAAAGACCGGCCUCAAUUCACCGGUGAAGAAGAUCAACCUUACUGGGAAGUUCCGGAAAUCUCUCGACGAAAAUGGCGAGCCUCUGCCUGGCCCUCGACGAUCGAUUGACUUUAACGAUACGCUCCUCAUGGCCAGCCCGGCGCGCAGACCGCCCCCGUCACCGUUCAAUUUCACGAUGAGGGAGACGCCCAAACGCGGUGGCUUUGCUCUCCGUGAGGACUCCAGGCAGUUGUCGCAGCCUCAUCUCUCACCCACGCACAAUUCCCCGCUCAAGCUGUCGCCAAAGAAGGCACACUUGGAGACCCCUAAGCGUGGUAGUAUCUUCCUGGACGGCGGCAAGUCCUUGUCGCAGCCCAACUUCACCCCCGGACACAACUCUCCCCUGAAAUCGUCCCCUAGAAAGGGACUAUUUGGAGCGUCAUUCAUGUCUCAGGCACAUGCUGAAUCCACAUCGACCCCAAUGAGGCAUAGCGUUUCAUUGCUUCAAAGCCCGGCAAAGAGGGUUGCUUCGCCUUUCAAGAGCUCUUUGUUCGCUAGUCGAAGCACUAUAGAAGAGCGCCCUACUGCUGAAAACGAUGUGAACGUCGAUGCACCUGCUACGCCUGAUGUCGAAGAAUCGCCGCUGAGAAUGGCCGACUUUGAGAGACGCGACGAGGUCGAAAGCGAAGAUGAACAGGUCGAUGACGCAGCUUCGGAGGAAGUCGAUGCACUGGACACAACAAAAGAGAUUCAUGCUCAGCCUCCAGCCGUUACAGAGUUUGAGGAAGAGGAUACUCUACACGAAGAGCUCGAUCGGGAAGAGACGAUCGAGUAUGAACAGGAGGACAAUGUGGCUGAGGAUGUUGCCGUACAGUCUGAACACUCUGAAGGUGACGGGCACACUGAUCGAGGUGCGGAAGAACCCGUGGAGGCUAUUGAAGACCCCCUGGAAAGUUCCGAACAUCCCACGGAAGACCCCGAAAACCCCCUGGAGUCUCUAGAGGAGCCUACACCCAUGGCAGAUCCUGUCGAGGAGCUCAUGGAUGAUAUCGUCGCGGAGCAUGUGGAGACUGUCCAGGAACCUAUCGAUGCGCCCAUGGAGGAACCAGUGGAAGAGCCUACAGAGGAACUUAUAAAGGACGCUGUGCAACAACCCACUCAGGAAACUAUGGACGAUUUCAUCCAAGAACCCAUGGAGGAGUCUGCUGGAAACCCUGCUGUGGUGCCCAACUAUGACCCUAUUGAUGUUCCCAUGGAAGAGCCUAUUGAAGCGCCCAUAGCAGAGCCUGUGAAGGAGCUAGAGCACCCCGUGGAGUCCGAGGAGGAGUUGGUCGAUGAAGCAGCCGCAGAUCCUAUCGAGGAGCCCGUCGCAGAACCUAUCGCUGAGCCUGCUGGAGAACCUAUUGCAGAGCCUGUUGAAGAACCUGAACCUAAGCAAGUUCAAUCGACAGCUGAGGACCAAGGCGUCUCUGAGGAAACUGAGGUUGAACAGAAUGUCGAGGAACUGCCAGUCGAUCAAACCGAAACCAUUGCAGAGCCUGCUUCCGAGCCUUCCAUUACUGACGAUAGAGAGAGCACAGAGGAACUUGAGAAUACCUCCGUGGAACAGCCCAUCGAUCUUGGGCGAGAGGAACAUGCCGAGGUACACGAAGCUGGAGACGAGGCUUCGGUCGCAAGCUCCGAAAGCGCUGAUGAACAGCCUGAUGAGGAGGCACAAGAGGACAUGGGAUCUGAAGUGGACGAACCGGAGAUCAAGAAUGUACAAAACCCAGGGUUAAGACACAGCUUGGUUGAAGGUCUUGAAGAUGUCUUUGUCGAAGACGCCGCCCCCGAGCCUGUCGAGGAUGACUAUGAUGCCUCGGAAACGGAGGAUGACCCCGACAUGCUGGAGGCUGGUGACGAAAACGCUGCAGAUGCUUUUGACAACUUUGACGAUGAUGUGAGCGAGCACUACCCUUUCGAUGAGAGUGAGCCUACGCUUGUGGGUUUCGAAGCGACUGAGCAAAUUCCACCUAACCCCCAGCCCAUCCUCCCGUAUGAGGUUGAAGAGCCAGAGGGUUCUUUCAGUCCGACUCGCCAAAUGUACUACACCAGACGCGUUCUCUCUCCGGUUCGCUUUAUUGAGUCACCUGUCCGACACAACGUGAGGCCUGUUCCUCUGAAUCUAUAUGCACCAGCUGCAGCCGACAGCCAGAAUGAGCUGCAGGACAAUGUCAACUUAUCCGACCCGUUUGUCGAGCACGCACAAGCGACACCUCGCCGCAGGUCUACUCGAAGACUAGUCCUCGAAAACGCCCCUCGGUUCGCACCACUGGCACAACAAUAUCGCCAAUGGAAUGCUAGCAGUCCUGCGAAAGCCCAUCCGAAGCGCCCUCGAAGGGGUGUCUUUUCUGUGGGACGCAGCAGGCGAUCCAGCAACGUCGCUUGUGCCUCUGAGGUGUCGUAUCCUGACGUCUCCAGCCAUGCGCAAAGCUCGUCUGCAUCGGUUGAGUCAGAACCCACCAACGAGGCUGAGGUGCCUGAAACCAACGGAGACGACGAGCUGGAGCUGGAGCCACAGCCAAUUGCAGAGGAUACUGAAGUGGUCGAUGCCAAUGAAGCUCCAACUGAAUUGUCCGAGCCGCCCAUGGAAGCUAGCAACGAGGCUGAUGUGCCUGAAAUUUACGAAGACAAGGAGCAAGAGCAGGAGCAAGAGCAGGAGCAGGAGCAGGAGCCUGAAUCAGUUGCAGACGAUGUCGAGGCGGUCGAGUCACCGAAGCAGCCCAUGGAAGUCGUCGUGGAGGACGUUCAAGCGCCUGUUAUUGAGACAAGCGAGGCUGAUGCGCCUGAAACCAACGAAGACCAAGAGCAGGAGCAGGAGAACGUUAUCGAUGUGGUCGAGGAGACAUCCAGCCAAUUCCUGCCGGAAGCUAGCAACGAAGCCGAUGUGCCUGUGAUCCACGAAGACGAGCAGCAAGAGCAGGAGCCCCAAGCAGAUGAGAACGAUGCUGAGGUGGUUGAGUCACCGAACCAGCUCAUGCCAGCUAGCAACGAGGCGGUGCCUGAGAUUCACCAAGACAAGGAGCAAGAGCAGGAGAAUGAUACCGACAUGGUCGAGGAGUCAUCGAGCCAGCCUAUGCCAGCUAGCACUGAGACCGAUGUGCCUGCGAUCUACGAAGACGAACAGCAAGAGCAGUCACAGGAAAUUGUGGACGAUGCUCCAGUGGCUGAGUCACCGAGGCAGCCCAUGGCAGAGGUUGUGGAAGACGUUCAAUCGCCUGUGGUUGGCACAAACGAUGACAAAGAGAAUAACCAGGAGAAAGUAACAUCUGUGCCUGACAGCCAGAUCCCUGUCUCUGAGCCACCGGCUGUUUCUGAGCCACAGGCAGAGGACAAGGAGAACGGGAACAUCCCAGUUCUUGCGCCUUUCACGCCAAUGAAGAACAGAAUCGCUCAGAUGCAAACCGUACACACGGUAUCCAAAGUUCCGCUUAAGCCUGAAGGGGAGAUCUCACCAGUGAAGGUUUCGCGCAAACGCGGUCUUUCCUUCUCUGCUCCUUCUCCAGGGCGGUCUUCGAGACCCCGCACUUCGACAUUCGUGCCGGUCGAGCAAGAUGCCCCGUCUUUCUCGCCUCGGAAAUCCCCCAGACUGGAAAGAGCCGCCGCGGCGCGACAAUCUCUGGCUCAGUCACAGGCCCCGGACACAGCCCCAAAAUCCGUCCCGGUCCCGACGUCUGCAUCUCACAAGCGCCCCCCUCAGUCGCCCAGUCCUAAGAAGAAGUCGAAAACGCCUCGCACGAGUAUCAGUGCGCCCAAGUUGGCCCUUCAGGGCGCUGUUGUCUACGUGGAUGUUCAUACGACCGAGGGAGAGGACGCGAGCGGCAUUUUCAUUGAGCUCCUGCAGCAAAUGGGAGCCCGCUGCGUCAAGAACUGGUCCUGGAACCCCCGCGCCAGCGUAUCCCCCGAAGAGGGAACCGAGCCCAAGGAAGGCAAAGUGGGAAUCACACAUGUCAUCUACAAAGACGGGGGCGUGCGCACCUUAGAGAAGGUCCGCCAUGCUCGAGGCCUCGUCAAGUGCGUCGGAGUCGGCUGGGUUCUCGACUGCGAACGAGAAAACAAAUGGCUCGACGAGGCCCACUACGAAGUCGACCUCUCCAUCAUUCCCCGCGGCGGUGCCAAGCGUCGCAAGAGCAUGGAGCCCCGAGCCCUGAGCAACAUCAACGGCACCCUCGUCAAAGCCGACACCGCCACCGCCGCCUCUACCAACCGCCGACGAUCCAUCCUCCCCCCCAAAGAACCCAAACCCCCCCGCGACGACACCACCCCCUCCACGCACAACUCCCCCGCCACCCCCUCCGAACUCACCCCCAAAUUCGGCGCCGGCCACACCGAAGCCGACCAGGCCUUCUGCCACACCCCCAAAACCCCCGGCUACACCUUCGACAUGGACGCCAUCGGCAUGUCCCCUGCUACCCCCUUCUACCUCUCCCAACGCACCAAACUCGUCCAACAAACCUGCCCUCCUAAACAAACCCGUCAGGGUCUUUUCACGUCCGCUACGCCGGUCCAUGAACCGAAUCAAAAGCUGCGCGUGAAAUUGGAGGCCGCGCGUCGGAAGAGUAUGGCGUAUAAGCCCCGCGUGGGAAGUCCUCUUGUUGAUUAG